AUGAUGAGAAAUGUCGUGGAAGCCAAGGUUACCACUGGCAAAGUGAAAGGUAACAUUGUUCUUAUUCCAAGAAUUGGUCUAAAGACUGACUCUGGACUGCCUUUUGAACUGAAGAGACGACAAUUCCCACUGAAGCUAGCCUUCGCAAUGACUAUCAACAAGUCGCAAGGCCAAACCCUUGACAAGGUCGGGCUGUAUUUACCGACCCCAGUUUUUGGCCAUGGUCAACUUUACGUUGCAUUCUCAAGAGCCCGGAGGAGGGAAGAUGUGAAGGUUUUUGUCAAGGACUCGGAUGAACAAGGGAAAUUAGUUACUGGAAGUGAGAAAGUUUUCACCAGAAAUGUUGUAUACAGAAUCGCCAAACUAGCCUGA